UCGAGGUGACAGGCGAGCGAGCUGUGUUGGGAGUACUGUGGCGGUUUUCUGCGCUCGGCUGGCGGAAUGGCCCGGGCGCUGCUCGUCCCGUCUCCGGUCUUCGACCCCUAGACGCCCGAGCCGGCCCUCGGCGCCAGCCCCCCGGCGCGGACGCUGCCAGAAAGCCGCUGGAGCCGCGACGCGUCUUCAGAGGUUGGUUCUCUCAGGCUGCCUGUUCAGGAUUUUUAGACUGAGGAGCAAUUGGAACUAAACCACAUCAUGGAAAUGGAAACCACCGAACCUGAGCCAGACUGUGUAGUGCAGCCGCCUUCUCCUACUCAUGACUUUUCAUGCCAGAUGAGACUCUCUGAGAAAAUAACUCCAUUGAAGACUUGUUUUAAGAAAAAAGAUCAGAAGAGAUUGGGAACCGAAACCCUGAGGUCUUUGAGGCCAAUAUUAAAUACUUUGUUAGAAUCUGGCUCGCUUGAUGGGGUUUUUAGAUCUAGAAACCAGAGUGCGGAUGCAAACAGCUUACAUAAACCUAUGGUGAAAAAACCCCUGGAAAUCAAUCCAUCAUGUCCACCAGAAAACAGUAUGUCUGUCCUAAUUUCUGAUGGGACCAAUGUCGGGGGCCAAAUAUCAGAAGCCCAUCCUUCCACUGAUGCUCCAGAACAAGUGGUUCCAAUCCAGGAUCACAGCUUUCCAUCAGAAACCAUCAAUGGGACAGUGGAAGAUUCUACAGCAGGGCACUUCCAGACUGACCUUUUACACCCAGUUUCAGGUGAUGUUCCUACUAGUCCUGACUGCAUAGACAAAGUCAUGGAUUACAUUCCAGGGGGUUUCCAAGACAGCGGUUUUACAAUCCAGUACAUUUUGGACACCAGUGAUAAAUUGAGUACUGAGCUCUUUCAGGAUAAAAGUGAGGAGGCUUCCCUUGACCUUGUGUUUGAACUGGUGAACCAGCUACAGUACCAUACUCACCAAGAGAAUGGAAUUGAAAUUUGCAUGGACUUCUUGCAAGGCACUUGUAUCUAUGGCAGGGAUUGUUUGAAGCACCACACGAUCUUGCCAUAUCAUUGGCAGAUCAAGAGAACAACUACGCGUAAGUGGCAGAGUGUGUCCAACGAUUCCCAGGAGCACUUGGAAAGAUUUUACUGUAACCCAGAGAAUGAUAGAAUGAGAAUGAAGUAUGGAGGACAAGAAUUUUGGGCAGAUUUGAAUACCAUGAAUGUGUAUGAAACAGCUGAAUUUGACCAACUGCGAAGGCUGUCCACACCAUCUACUAGAUAUGUCAACUCUAUUUAUCACACAGUCUGGAAAGUCUUCUGUAGGGACCACUUUGGAUGGAGAGAGUAUCCUGAGUCUAUUAUUCGAUUGAUUGAAGAAGCCAACUCUCGGGGUCUGAAAGAGGUCCGGUUUAUGAUGUGGAACAACCACUACAUUCUCCACAACUCAUUCUUCAGGAGAGAAAUAAAAAGGAGACCCCACUUCCACUCCUGUUUUAUACUGCUGCCAUAUUUACAGACCCUUGGUGGUGUUCCCACACAGGCUCCUCCACCUCUUGAAGCGACCUCAUCAUCACAAAUCAUCUGCCCAGAUGGGGUCACCUCAGCAAAUUUUUACCCUGAAACUUGGGUUUAUAUGCAUCCAUCUCAGGACUUCAUCCAAGUGCCUGUUUCUGCAGAGGACAAAAGUUAUCGAAUAAUUUACAAUCUUUUUCAUAAGACUGUGCCUGAGUUUAAAUAUAGGAUUUUACAAAUAUUGAGAGUCCAAAAUCAGUUUCUUUGGGAGAAAUAUAAAAGGAAAAAGGAAUAUAUGAACAGGAAAAUGUGUGGCCGUGACAGAAUAAUAAAUGAGAGACAUUUAUUUCAUGGAACAUCCCAAGAUGUGGUAGAUGGAAUCUGCAAGCACAACUUUGACCCUCGAGUCUGUGGAAAGCAUGCUACGAUGUUUGGGCAAGGCAGUUAUUUCGCAAAGAAGGCAAGCUACUCUCAUAACUUUUCUAAGAAGUCGUCCAAAGGAGUCCAUUUCAUGUUUCUGGCCAAAGUGCUAACUGGCAGAUACACGAUGGGCAGUCAUGGCAUGAGAAGGCCCCCUCCUGUCAACCCCAGCAGUGUCACCAGUGACCUGUAUGACUCCUGUGUGGAUAAUAUCUUUGAGCCUCAGAUUUUUGUCAUUUUUAAUGAUGACCAGAGUUAUCCUUAUUUUGUUAUCCAAUAUGAAGAAGUCAGUAACACUGUUUCCAUUUGAAAAAUAUUGAUACUGCUAAAUUAUUUGAUAUGUACUCAAUCCAGCAUUUGUAGCAGGUUUUGGAUGGGUGGGACAGAAUGGGGAACAGCUUUGGACAUUAAUAGGGCACUUUUAAGACCCAUUUUUUUAAGUGCUUGAAAGUGACAAUUUUUUAAGAAAAACACAAGUUUUAAAAUGACCACUGAUUAAUUAUUUACUAAUUGUUAGUGUACUCGGUGUGGAAAAAACUACAAGUUGCAUACUCUUUCCAUUCACACUUGUACAUACAGGCAGCAGUGUCAUUAGAAGCAUUUUUUAAAAAGGAAACUGAGCAGCCUAACUAAUUAAAUGCGACUUAAGCCUGGUAGAAGUUUGGCCAAGUGAAGUGAAGUCUGUGCACGAAGUGAGGAUUCUUUUUAUUUGCAUAAAUGAUCAAACUGACUAGAACUAGUACUACCAUACUUAUUAUUCCCUGUCCAGAGCAUCACUACUGUGAUGGAGGAUAAGUUCCUGAAAUUCUUUUGGGUGGAAAGAAAUUUUUAUUCCCAUCAGCAGGACUAGAAUGUGCCACCCAACCAGAGAGCAUCAGUGACUUUAACUGUUCUCCAGUUUGCCUGGAAAUUCAGAGUUCUCUUUAGAGGAAGUACAAAAAAAAAAAAGAACUGUUUGAAAAAUUUUUGUCACCAGCAUAAUUUUUCACUAACUAGUUAUAUGAAAUGUGAUUCUCAUGUCGUUAAGCUUCAGCCUUGGAAAACUCAGUAUCUUCCAUUAUCCACUCCAAAUUGAAGGAUUUGAGCAGCUAACUUGGUUAAAGCCAGUCUUGAGGAUUAGAAGUAUUACUUUAUUAUAUGGUUCCAGAUCUAGGCCCUAACUGAAGGUUUUAGAGAAAGGAAGUACAUCUGUAACCAAAUUGAUAAGGUUUAUUACUGUGCUUUGCACAAAGUAGACUCUCAAAAAUUGUUGUUGACUUGGAAAUAUUGUUAAAGGUGGUGAUCCCACUCCUAUGCCUGCUUUGUCAGAUGUAGCUGGGUAGGGUUCCCUGGCUGACUCGUAUUUUACACUACUUAAUAGAAACACAAACUUGGAAAUAGUGUCACUGGCCCAGGUGGAGCAGUGUUAGGUGAAUAUGCUGAUGCCGCAGUUCAGAGAGGCAGCAGCCAGGCCAGGUAUACUUUGCCUUAAGGAAAGCAAAUACUGGAUUUGCAAAAGUGGAAGUGGUUGUUCACAAAAGAAUUCACCACGAAAUUUUAUCAGAUACCAAGCUCUCUUACUGUGUUUGUGGUUGUUUCAUUUACACAAAACUUUUCAGGAACUUCUGUAUUGUUUAAAGCAAGAUAUAUCUACACUGAUGUCUCAAUGAAUCAAUCUGUUUAAGCACUUGUCAGGGCUUCCACACAGUUAUUUAUUUCGCCCUACUUGGUCUCGUUUGCUGCCAUUGGCAUGAGCAGCCAACUGUAGCUGUUAACAAUUCUUUCAUUCAAUUAGAACUUCUAGGCCAGUGAUUCCCAAUCUUUUUAAAGUUAGGACCUUACCAUUGCUUAUUUGAUUUCAUGAAACGUGUUCCUUUUUUUCCUCUGUAAAGGAAAAUAAAGCUUUAUGACGUAUUUAUUUUUUUAAUAAAACUAAGCAAAAAUAAAAGUUCUGGUAAUUCUUUAAAA